GGAGGUGAUGGGGAGGGAGGGAGCUGUGCCCAGGAGGCAGUGCCCAGCCCCAGCCAAGAGCCUGAGCCUCCUCCUCCUCUCUCUGGGACACAUCACUGCAGGCGGUGAAGAUGUUGUGGGAGCUCACGUUGAUAUGGAGGUGAAGGUGAAAAACUCGACCACCCUUUACGUUGAGUGGGAUUCACAUCUUUGGUCCAUAUCUGAAUGCGUUCUUUUUGUCUUUGUGAAAGGAAGUAAAGAAGAUGAAAUUAUUUUACUGCCCAGAAAUGGAAGCCUGGAGCUGUUGGACCGGAAGCCUGGGACACUUUACUCCAUCAGCCUGACCUGUUUUAACAGUGAAACAUUCCUCAAGUCUUCAAAUGUCAGCAUUCAGACAGAUGUUUGGCCAAGUUCUCUGCCUUCAACUGUACAAAAAACAUCAGAAGCAAAGAGCGGUUCCAGUGAAGAUCGCCAUUUGAACAAUGCCAAGUUACUCAGCUCGGAUGUGCUUACUGGAGCAGUGUUUGGCUGUAUCGGGAGUGUAAUUCUUCUCUACCUGUCUUAUUCCUUCUAUAAAAAGUGGAGAAGAGAUGAAAGGCUUCGAGCGUUCUUAAGACUCCACCGCAAUGCAGAAGUGGCACCUUACUUCAUCUUCGGAGAUCAUGCUGGAUGAAGAGUCCAUCCAUCAGUAACGUGACAUAGACUAACUUUUACUGCCUGCUUUGAUUUUUUGAUUGUGCAAUUUUGCCUAAUACGUACCUGCAUACAGUUUUAGAUAAAGUACAGUAGGUGUAUGAAUAAUGACUGAAAUAUUCAUGUGUAUUUUACGAAGAACUGCCUGAUACCUCCCUGGUUAUUGACAAUCACUGACAUAUUCACAACUCUCUUGCAUGGAUCUCCCAGGGUCAUUUGCUUCAAAUGUUAAUUGUAAUUGUAGGAUGUCGUUGUGCAUAAAUUAGCUGUGAAAGGCUUUGAGACGUCUCGAUGACUUGUUAGGGUACUAUAUCACCUGCAUUAUUUACUUUGAUGAAGAAGGGGUUAUAAGUAAAGGAGAAUAAAGAAGUCCAGCAUUUUGUACAAUGUCAUACUUCUGUGCUUCAUGGCAAUCUGCAAAGUUAAUAAAUCUUUAUAGUAAAGAAGAAGGAAGACACUCUGGCUCAGUGGGUUUUGCAAUGAUCAAGAAGAUCUUAGGUUUGAUUCUCUGUAUGCACUGAAUUAAUUUAUCUUGUGCAACUACAAUGGGGAAAAUCUAACUGGGCUCUUACUCCCCUGAGUUAAGGAGCGGAAAAAACUCAUCUCACUCCCCAUUUACGAUAACUAUGCCCCGCUCGCACAGGGAGCAUCUCUCGCAAAUUCAAUAUCACAAAAUCCUUACACUUUCCAUAUAUACCUUGUUACAUCUUCCUCCAUCUAGUUUGCAGAUGCCCAUCCCUGAGAAAUCCACCUGCUAUUUCAGAUGAUUUUAUAGCAUAGGCAAAAAUGUUAAAUGUUCUCAUUUUUCAGGCUAAACUCUAUUUUGUAGGUAAAGUUUUUUUUAAUUGAACAAAGAACGGGUGAGAUUCUGAUAUAUUUCUGUCCUAAUUUCAUGAAAACUAAAGAGUAAUUUCCCAGUGUUUUAUUGUCGACCUGGGUUAGUCUGACCGGCACUGCCUACCACCAC